AUGAAGACACUUCAGGCAUCUGGCCUUUAUUUUCUCCUGAUCACAACUCUGAAAUUGUCAGCUAUUGCCUCAGCUUUAUUUGCAUCCCCUCCCAGGUCAACAAGAAGGGACUAUUAUAUUGCACAGGCAUACCUUGACAGAUAUUACACAAAGAAGGGAGGACACCAGAUUGGGGAGAUGGUUGUAAAAGGUCGCAACACCAUGGAAAGGAAAAUUAAAGAAAUGCAAGCAUUCUUUGGCCUCCGGGUCACUGGGAAGUUGGAUUAUUCUACCAUGAAGGUGAUAAAGAGGCCUCGAUGUGGUGUUCCUGAUAUUGCAAAUUAUCGUCUAUUCCCAGGUGAACCCAAGUGGAAAAAAAACACUUUGACAUACAGAGUCUCAAAAUACACGUCUUCAAUGACCCAUGCUGAAGUUGACAAAGCAGUAGACAUGGCCUUACAGGCAUGGAGUAAUGCUGUCCCUCUGAAUUUUGUUAGACAAAACACAGGAGAAGCAGAUAUCAUGAUUUCAUUUGAAAUUGGAGAUCAUGGGGAUUCAUACCCAUUCGAUGGUCCUCGAGGGACUCUGGCCCAUGCAUUUGCCCCUGGAGAAGGCCUGGGAGGAGACACACAUUUCGACAAUGCUGAGAAGUGGACUAUGGGAACGAAUGGAUUCAAUUUAUUCACUGUUGCUGCCCAUGAAUUUGGCCAUGCAUUGGGUUUGGCCCAUUCUACUGACCCGUCAGCACUUAUGUAUCCAACUUACAAAUACCAACAUCCCUAUGGAUUCCGCCUCCCCAAGGAUGAUGUGAAAGGGAUCCAGGCAUUAUAUGGACCUCGCAAAACAGCCACUGAAAGACCCAAUGUGCCCAACGUCCCUCCUCACAAUCCAUCAGACCCUGAUGUCUGUGACUCCAGCGCAUCCUUUGAUGCUGUGACAAUGCUAGGAAAGGAACUACUGUUCUUCAAAGACAGGAUUUUCUGGAGACGGCAAGUUCACCUGGCAGCAGGAAUCAGGCCCAGUACCAUCACCAGCUCCUUUCCCCAGCUCAUGUCAAAUGUGGAUGCUGCUUAUGAAGUGACUGAGAGGGGCAUAGCUUUCUUUUUCAAAGGCCCUCACUAUUGGAUAACAAGAGGAUUUCAAAUGCAGGGCCCUCCCAGGACCAUCUAUGACUUUGGGUUCCCCAGGCAUGUGCAGCAAAUAGAUGCAGCUGUCUACCUAAGGGAGCCCCGGAAGACCCUCUUCUUUGUUGGGGAAGACUACUACAGCUUUGAUGAAGUAAAAAGGAAAAUGGAAAAAGAUUAUCCAAAGAAUGUUGAAGAAGAAUUCUCAGGAAUAAUUGGUAAAAUAGAUGCUGCUGUUGAAAUGAAUGGUUACAUUUACUUCUUUUCAGGUCCAAAAUCUUAUAAAUAUGACAUAGAGAAGGAAGAUGUGGUUAAUGUGAUGAAAUCUAGUGCCUGGAUUGGUUGCUAAAUAAACACAUAAAGUAUGAAGAUCACUGGAAAGAGCUGAUGACUGGAUCAUGAGAAUAGAAUCAAAAUGUAGGAUAGAAUUCUUUCUGGAUGGGCUGACGUUUUAGAGGCUGCUGACUUACAUCCUGGUAGCAGGAAACUACUAAGUGAAGAGAAAAACUGAGUUCAUGAUUUCCAUCAUGACCAUUGAUUCAAUGAGUUCAUUCCGUGUCAGAUUCAGUUAAUUCAUCACAUCAUUUUAAUGAUCUGAAUGAACUCCCAAACUCAACAUCCCCACUUUCCCUUCCCCUUGGGCUUUACAAAGAAUUUUUGGCUUCUUAUUUUUAUCAGGAGGAAGGCCUCCUCUAAAAGGUAUCCUGAUAUAUCAGAGAAACAUCUUAAUUGCCUGGAAAAUUUAUUAGCUGCAUUAUCAAUAAUAUUUUUAUAGGCAAUCAACAUUUGAAGUGGUGCAAUUUGCUGUGAAUUUUUUAAAUUUCCUGUUACUAUUAAAAAUGCCAUACAACCAAACUAUGAUGUGGUUUGUUCUUUUUUGUUUGUUUGUUUUCCAACUUAGUGCUGAGUGCUCAUUGAAAAAGAUAAAGGCAAACAUAGUUGUCUAUGUGAAUUCCCAUAUUGGACCAAGUAGGAUACUUUGUAAAAGGAAAUCUUUUCAACUGAAGCCAAGAAAAAUGUUUUAUCAGGAUAUUUCCUCAUUUUUCCUUUCUGUUAAUAAUGACUGGCUUCUAUCAAUCUAUUUUUUUGAUGUGUAAAUUAUGUAUUGACAGAGAUCAGUUGAAGGAAACUAAAUGUGUUUAGACUAGAGAAGAGAUGUCUCAGAGGAUACUCAAAAUACAAAAAAGUAUUUAAAGACUGCCAGAUGGAAGACCCUGGAUUUAUUCUCCUGAUACUUGGAGAGAAGAAUUAGGAGUAAAAGCAGUAAAUAUCAUAAAGGAGCAAAUUUAGGCUUAAUGUCAGCUGCCUACAAAAGCUGCUCAAGAGUGAAAUAAAGUAUCUAAACUGUAGAGAAGAAGGAAUAAAGUUUUUCCAAAGGAGAUCUCAAAGACUAGCUAAACCCAUGCUGUUAUGUUAGGCAGGAGAUUCUUCUAAUAUGUUGUGAUAGAUGGCCCCUGGGGACAGUUCAACUUUGAAUUUUUUUUUUUUGGCAAAACUCUAUAGAUAAUAUCAUUGAAAUACAAACCUAGCAAAGACUCUCGGAGAAAGCUGUGCAACUGAAAAAUCUGAUCUGGGGUCAGAGGGUCAUAGUUCAGAUCCUGCCUUGCAUGCUUCCUAGAGAUAUAAUCUUGGGCAAAUCAUUAAUACUCCUUGGUGGGGUCUAUGUUUCCUCAUCUAUAAAAUUAGGGGGCUGGACUAGAUGACCUCUGAGGUACCUGUGAACUUAUCUUUUGGGUUCACGAUCAACUCCUGAUUUCAGGUAGGACUACAUUAAAUGAAGUCCUCUUUGAAUGGCAUACUUAGUUCCCUCCAAAUGGUCGCUAGUAAAGUAAUAAUUAGCAUUUAUUUAGCACCAUAAGAUUGGCAAAGCUCUGUACAGAUGCUUACUCAUUUAAGUGUUUUCCUAAUGCAUUCUGUUAUGUUAAACGACUCCAAUAGCUUUCAUGCUAACUGCUAAUUUAAAAUUUUUCUGCUAUAAUUUGAAUUAGGCUACCUAAUAGUGAGUUUUUAGUAGUGAGGAGCAGAGAUCAUUGUCUUAUAUGGUUCAACUUUAAAAAAUUAGGAUUCUCUUUUUUUAAAUAAAUUGUUUUAUUGCUAAA